CGGUGCCACAGCAGUAGCAUUGCAGCACGCUGCAACAGUUAGAAGCUUGCAACAAUAAGGUACUCACUGCAUUCCGCGAAAAUGCACACCACGUGCACGCAGCAGGUGUCGCUCAACUGCCUAAAGGAUGCUGCCCAGAACGGCCGAAGACGCACCUACCGGCAGACCUAUACCGAUAUUGGUGUUAGUGACACAUCUUUACCGAUCGUCCCGAGCCAAGGCUCGUGUUCUGCAGCGGAGCCUGUUCGUUUCGCCUCCACUAUGGCUGCUCGGCGUUGAGCAUUUCCUUGUAACUCUGUACUGUUUCGCAUUUCCGUAUCGUUUCGCUUUGGCUGUUGAAGUCCGAGACAUAUUGGAGAACCAACUGAAGGCGGAGAAGAGAGGAAAGAAGAAGACGGGACGGAGAUUGGCGCCUAGCCCUUGUCCAUUGCCAACGGUGCUUUUCAACGGUGGAAACCGCCCGAUUCAGCCACGCGCGCUCCCGACGAUUGACAGGUGAGACCAUUCUUCACCAGGACCUGGACGAGGUCCGUCCACGAUGGUGGCAGCACGCGAGCUGACGUGACGCUGUGGCAGUCUGUCU